AUGAGGGAUUCCCACGGUUUCAGCCGUUUUGUCAUCACAGCUGCGGUGCUGGGGGACCCUCCCCUGCGGCGGAAUCUACGUCAAUGUGGUCAGGGCGCUGCGGCUGCCUCGGACGUCCUGUGGUCGUAACCCUGGAAACCCUAAACCAUGUGUGUCCAGCUCGUUAACACUAGAAAAGCCUGGCCUCAUUGGACCACCCUUCGUGCCAAUGACACGUCUUUUCAAAAUUCUAACAGUCUAAUAAAUAGAUUUCAUAUAUGCCAUUAUUUGUUUGUGUUUAUGAAGGUCUUAGGUAACAUUAGAAUACGAAAAAUGGUCUAAUGCAUCUACAGAUGGACUAUCUACAUACUAUCAGUUACAUUUCAACUAACUAUCUACUAACCCUUGUCCUAACCCUAACCUUAUCCCAACCGUAACCUUAACCCCAACCAUCUGUAGAGCAUCUACUGAUGGACUAUCCAAAUAGUGUGACUGAAAAAAAAACAUAUUUGAAAUAAUGUAACAUGUUCAUUAGUUUGUUACUGUAGGCUAUAUGUAAAAAUGAAAAACCAUUAAAAACACAAUUUCUAGCGUAAAAUAAAUGUUAUUUCAUGGAGUGUUCAUUUGUUACAACUAUGAAACAUAAAGCAUGUGUGUUGGAACAGAGUACAAGCUUAUUUUUAUAACAACAUAACAAAUAAAAAUACCCAAACCACCAAGACGCACGGUCAGCAAGACCCCCGGUCAAAUCAAGAAAAUAUCAGUAGACUAAACAUCAGUAUAAGCGCCAAGUGUGCUUGUGAAUAGUGAAAAUCAGCACAAAAGCAAUAAUGGCAUUAUACUUCAUACCAUGACUUUAAAAAUGGCAGAGUAAUACAUUGACACUUUGCCUUUCUAGUGUUAACUGAAGCCACGCUGCUUACUGCCUGUGGAGAAGAGAGGACUUUUUUAAACAUCAACUUUUGGACCUAUAGGCUACCACAAUAUUGUCCAAUUGCCACUAUAGACAAUUUUCUUUGAUGGAAAAUAUCUGUCCAAGUUACAUAUCUUUCAUCGGCUGUUUAGAUGGACAUUAUACCUCUGACGGUAUUGAACAUGCGCAGUUGGCCAUGGCAUUAAUGCAACUUCCCUCUGCAGUGGUACAGUGCAGUAAGGCAAUGUUGCCCCCGUGCCCCCCCCCCCCCCCAUCCAGCCCAGCAGAGGAUGUAGAUGGCUUGGAUCCAGAGUGAUUGACAGGACGAGCCUCCCUUCUCCACCAGUCAGUGGCCACAGAGGCCUACCCUGAUGGCCUUGCUCACUCCAAUCACUGACCUAUUGAUAGUACUGUACAGGUGUUAUAUUCAGUACAUUAUAUGUAGGAGGUAUGUAAUGUCCUAAGGACAUGAGGGGACAAUGUUGUUAAAUUUCUCGAAGCUUUUCAACAAAGACAUACAGUAUCAACGGUGCUGCUAUGUCAGUUGAGUUCAUGUGUUACUGUUUGACGGAUGGCGGUUUGGUUUCACUACGUUCAUCCACCUCUGGCCUGCUAGCCCCCCUACCUCUUCGGAGGCACAGUUCCCACUCAGCCCAGUCAAAGCUAUUCCCUGCUCUGGCACCCCAAUGGUGGAACAAGCUCCCCCACGACGCCAGGACAGCGGAGUCACUGACCACCUUCCGGAGACACUUGAAACCCCACCUCUUUAAGGAAUACCUGGAAUAGUAUAACAGUAAUCCUUCUACCCCCCUCCCCCACCCCCCCAUAAAAAAAAGGGGGGGGGGUUGUCCCACUGGCAAUCCUAAAUUGAAUGCACCAAUUUGUAAGUCGCUCUGGAUAAGAGCGUCUGCUAAAUGACUUGAAUGUAAAUUUGUGUGUUUCAGGAACCUGCUGUAUGUGAACCCACACAGCCUGAACUUCGCCAACCGUCAAGGCUCCGCCCGGAACAUCACAGUGAAAGUGCAGUUCAUGAACGGGGAGGACCCUAACAACGCAAUGCCGGUAACCAAUGACACGCACACACACUCGAGAAUGCUUCUUAGCCCACCCACCCAAGAGAAUGCUUCUUAGCCCACCCACCCACAAUAAUUCUUCUUAGCCCACCCACCCACCCACCCAUAAGAAUUAUUCUUAGCCCACCCUCCCACGAGAAUGCUUGUUCGAGUUAUUAGUGUAUUUUAGUACUUUACCAGGUACUGCUGCACAAUCCUAGACUGAUUUCUUGGAAGUGGAUUGUGAAGAAUGGUGUUCAAAUAUAUUUGAGUUCUGUUACUAAAGUACACAUCAUUUUAACACAUGCAGACAAACAGAAGUCUGUCCACUUGCCUCUCUUCCUCUGGUCCUCUGUAAUUCAACCCGUCUGCUGUACUUCAUCUAAGUUUCUUUCUCGUCUCUCUUCCCCAGGUGAUUUUUGGCAAGUCCAGCUGUGCAGACUACGCCAAAGAAGCAUACACUGCUGUAGUGUAUCAUAACAGGUGAGGCGCUCAGAUCCAGCUCAAUUCACUGAUGUUUCCAUUUUGUAUGAAGUGUGCUUAGGGCCUUUCUUAAAAGAAGUAUUUAAAUAUGACGGGAAAUAUAGGUUGAAAUUAGUUUACAUUACAAUUAGGCAACUUCACAAGUUCUCUGGCAUCAGGUUUAACUGGUAGGUAAGAAAGUGAUGAUGAGUAAUACACUAAUACACUGAGUACGCUAACAAGCUCAUAUGUGACUCGUUUCAGGAAACUAGGUGUAUGUCGCGCGUCACAGGACAGCCAUUUGAACGUCAUUUUUUAAUUUUCUUCAAAAUGCGUUUUUGGGCAGAAAUGCCUUCUAGAACAUGUGAACUUUCAUGUGCCUUAAUAACAAACUUGUAUGCCAUCUGUAAAUACGAAUAACAUUGUUAAAUUACGAGCCUAGUUGGUUUAGCCACCAAAAAGACAGGAACCUUCCUGCUAGCCAUGAUUGGCUGAGAUAAUGGGUGGUCUGGACAUGCCGAGAGAUGAGUUCGGAUUGGUCUGCCAUGUAGCACGCUUCUGUCAAUAACAUGAGCUGGUCAGUAUUUGUAGGUAAUCCUUUCUAACGUGGCUUUUUUGAAAGAUAUGACGUAGUAGAACUGCAAAAAGCAAAAGUAUUGCUCUCCGGUGGAAUUAGAGUAUGAUAGCUAAGGAGAUGGAGAACAUUCUGGUGUUUGAUUGCAAAUAUGCAGAGGGGGUCGAAAAGAGAACACACAGAAGGCUGUUGUAUAAAACACCUGUCUCCGGAUAACAUCUUCAAACUAAGGGCAACCAUGGCAUCCGUGACAGAGAGGGAGAAACGUCCAUCCUUGUACAGUGCAUUCGGAAAGUAUUCAGACCCCUUGACUUUUUCCUCAUUUUGUUACGUUACAGCCUUAUUCUAAAAUUGAUUAAAUACAUGUUUUCCUCAUCAAUCUACACACAAUACCCCAUAAUGACAAAGCAAAAACUGGUUUUUAGAAUUUUUAAAAUGUAUUUAAAAAACAACAACUGAAAAACCUUAUUUACAUAAGUAUUCAGACCAUUUUCUAUGAGACUCAAAAUUGAGCUCCGGUGCAUCCUGUUUCCAUUGAUCAUCCUUGAGAUGUUUCUACAACUUGAUUGGAGUCCACUUGUUGUAAAUUAAAUUGAUUGGACAUGAUUUGGAAAGGCACACACCUGUCUAUACAGUGGGGAGAACAAGUAUUUGAUACACUGCCGAUUUUGCAGGUUUUCCUACUUACAAAGCAUGUAGAGGUCUGUAAUUUUUAUCAUAGGUACACUUCAACUGUGAGAGACGGAAUCUAAAACAAAAAUCCAGAAAAUCACAUUGUAUGAUUUUUAAGUAAUUAAUUUGCAUUUUAUUGCAUGACAUAAGUAUUUGAUACGUCAGAAAAACAGAACUUAAUAUUUGGUACAGAAACCUUUGUUUGCAAUUACAGAGAUCAUACGUUUCCUGUAGGUCUUGACCAGGUUUGCACACACUGCAGCAGGGAUUUUGGCCCACUCCUCCAUACAGACCUUUUCUAGAUCCUUCAGGUUUCGGGGCUGUCGCUGGGCAAUACGGACUAUCAGCUCCCUCCAAAGAUUUUCUAUUGGGUUCAGGUCUGGAGACUGGCUAGGCCACUCCAGGACCUUGAGAUGCUUCUUACGAAGCCACUCCUUAGUUACCCUGGCUGUGUGUUUCAGGUCGUUGUCAUGCUGGAAGACCCAGCCACGACCAAUCUUCAAUGCUCUUACUGAGGGAAGGAGGUUGUUGGCCAAGAUCUCGCGAUACAUGGCCCCAUCCAUCCUCCCCUCAAUACGGUGCAGUCGUCCUGUCCCCUUUGCAGAAAAGCAUCCCCAAAGAAUGAUGUUUCCACCUCCAUGCUUCACGGUUGGGAUGGUGUUCUUGGGGUUGUACUCAUCCUUCUUCUUCCUCCAAACACGGCGAGUGGAGUUUAGACCAAAAAGCUCUAUUUUUGUCUCAUUAGACCACAUGACCUUCUCCCAUUCCUCCUCUGGAUCAUCCAGAUGGUCAUUGGCAAACUUCAGACGGGCCUGGACAUGCGCUGGCUUGAGCAGGGGGCCUUACGUGCACUGCAGGAUUUUAAUCCAUGACGGCGUAGCGUGUUACUAAUGGUUUUCUUUGAGACUGUGGUCCCAGCUCUCUUCAGGUCAUUGACCAGGUCCUGCCGUGUAGUUCUGGUCUGAUCCUUCACCUUCCUCAUGAUCAUUGAUGCCCCACGAGGUGAGAUCUUGCAUGGAGCCCCAGACCGAGGUUGAUUGACCAUCAUCUUGAACUUCUUCUAUUUUCUAAUAAUUGGGCCAACAGAUGUUGUCUUCUCAUCAAGCUGCUUGCCUAUUGUCCUGUAGCCCAUCCCAGCCUUGUGCAGGUCUACAAUUUUAUCCCUGAUGUCCUUACACAGCUCUCUGGUCUUGGCCAUUGUGGAGAGGUUGGAGUCUGUUUGAUUGAGUGUUUGGACAGGUGUCUUUUAUACAGGUAACUUGUUCAAACAGGUGCAGUUAAUACAGGUAAUGAGUGGAGAACAGGAGGGCUUCUUAAAGAAAAACUAACAGGUCUGUGAGAGGCGGAAUUCUUACUGGUUGGUAGGUGAUCAAAUACUUAUGUCAUGCAAUAAAAUGCAAAUUAAUUACUUAAAAAUCAUACAAUGUGAUUUUCUGGAUUUUUGUUUUAAAUUCCGUCUCUCACAGUUGAAGUGUACCUAUGAUAAAUAUUACAGACCUCUACAUGCUUUGUAAGUAGGAAAACCUGCAAAAUCGGCAGUGUAUCAAAUACUUGUUCUCCCCACUGUAUAAGGUCCCGCAGUUGACAGUGCAUGUCAGAACAAAAACCAAGCCAUGAGGUCAAUGGAAUUGUCCGUAGAGCUCUGAGACAGGAUUGUGUCGAGGCACAGAUCUGGGGAAGGGUACCAAAAAAUGUCUGCAGCAUUGAAGGUCCCUAAGAACACAGUAGGCCUCUAUCAUUCUUAAAUGGAAGAAGUUUGGAACCACCAAUACUCUUCCUAGAGCUGGCCGCCCGGCCAAACUGAGCAAUCGGGGGUCCCUUGGUCUAAGCGUCACGUCUGGAGGAAACCUGGCACCAUCCCUACGGUGAAGCAUGAUGGUGGCAGCAUCAUGCUGUGGGGAUGUUUUUUCAGCGGCAGGGACUGGGAAACCUGGCACCAUCCCUACGGUGAAGCAUGAUGGUGGCAGCAUCAUGCUGUGGGGAUGUUUUUUCAGCGGCAAGGACUGGGAGACUAGUCAGGAUCGAGGGAUAGAUGAACGGAGCAAAGUACAGAGAGGUCCUUGAUGAAAACCUGCUCCAGAGCACUCAGGACCUCAGACUGGGGCGAAGGUUCACCUUCCAACAGGACAGCGACCCUAAGCACACAGCCAAGACAACGCAGGAGUGGCCUCGGGACAAGUCUCUGAAUGUCCUUGAGUGGCCCAGCCAGAGCCCAGACUUGAACCCGAUCGAACAUCUCUGGAGAGACCUGAAAAUAGCUGUGCAGCGAUGCUCCCCAUCCAACCUGACAGAGCUUGAGAGGAUCUGCAGAGAAGAAUGGGAGAAACUCGCCAAAUAAAUGUGUGCCGAGCUUGUAGCGUCAUACACAAGAAAACUCAAGGCUGUAAUCACUGCCAAAGGUGCUUCAACAUGUACUGAGUAAAGGGUCUGAAUACUUAUGUAAAUGUGAUAUUUCCGUUUUUUUAUUUUAUUAUUAAUUUGCAAAGAAUUCUAAAAACCAGUUUUUGGUUUGUCAUUAUGGGGUAUUGUGUGUAGAUUGAUGAGGGGGAAAAAACAAUGUAAUCUUUUUUAGAAUAAGGCUGUAAUGUAACAAAAUGUAGAAAAAGUAAAGGGGUCUGAGUACUUUCCGAAGGCACUAUACGGGUAAAAUAGUCUAGCUAGCUACAUUUUCAUAUAUUACACGUCUCUAAUUUAGUCAAAGUCAUUUAUUUCAAGUAAAAGUGUACUGUUAGCUAGCUAACUAACGUUAGCUGACUGGCUCGCUAGCUAACGUAACGUUUAUGAUCUGUGUAGUAAUAUUAUUUGUAUCGCAGAGCUAUUUGCAUUGCUAGUUAUAGCCUAAUAUUAGCUAGCUAGCUAACAUUGAACUGGUUGGUUAGCUACCUGCAGAUUCAUGCAGGGUAGUAACAUUAUGAGUUGGGAUUAUGGUUAAUUGUUUAGCUAGCUAGCUACAUGUCUAAACAAGACUCCACUAUGCAAGUAACCAUUUCAAUAGAAUGUUCAUGAUGUCACUGCGACAACUGUCGAUAACGUAGCUGGUAAAUUUGCUCUGGCUAUCUACUCCGAUUUCAGAGCACUCUCGUCUGAGUGUGCCAGAGCACAGAAUAUCUGACGAAUUUACGAACGCUCAACACCCAUUUAAUAUGGCCGGUGUCAGUAAACGUUGGCAAAAAAGCGUAAUUAAAUUGUUGCCAGUAUCACAGUUACGGUCACCAACGCUCUGGAUAACAUAAAAACAGCCUAAACAGCUCUGCUAGGGCGAGUAAAAUGGUCAGAGUGAGCUGUUCUCUCAUUUGUGUCUGGAAGUAGCUAGCAAGCUAGCCAACAUUAGCCAGUUAGCUAGGGUGCUUGACUGCUGUUGUUAGGUCAGAACGCUCGGAUCAAUCCUACUCCUUGGCCAGAGCAUUGUGCGCUCUGAACGCUCCGAGAGCGAAACGCUCUGAAUUUACGAACGGACAAUCUGACAACGCUCUGAGUUUACGAAUGCCCAGAGCGCACUCUGGCACUCCAGAUUUGAAUUUACGAACACAUCCGUAGUAUAAACCAGCCUUUAGUCUUGAAAUCUUUAGUUGUUUAGUACAUGGCCUCACAUGUGACUCCUUAAAGAGAUGGGUGGGGCUAGGGCUUAAGAGGGUGUGAGCGAUGCUGAAUGGGCGUCGACAAAAGACGAGCUCUCCAGUAGGUGUACCAAAACAUUCAAGGGCCAUUUUCUCAAAAGUGAGUUUACAAGUUUAUCAACUUUCAAAGCAGAAUUACUUUGCCAUUGUUCCUCAACUGCAAUGUAUGAUAUACCAUUUUAUAGCUCAGUCACUACUUUUGUCCAAUAUAAAAAAAUAUAAAUAAAGUUUUGCUACAUAUAAGACUGAAUCGAGCCGGUCGGUCACAUAUUGUCUUGAAUGUGAUUUUCUGAAGAGGCUGAAAUUGAGCCCCCCAAAAAGUGUAUGGGUUAUAACGGGUUAGCUGAAGGCUCAAUCUGUAACCCAAUUGAGGGUUGUUCUGUCAGAUGUUGCCCUUGUGCUCAGGUCUUCCCCCUCUCUGUAUGAUCUGACUGUCAUAGUUUAUCAUGAUUUAAUAUAGAGAUGUAUCUGGGACAUGGUCAUGCUUAGUAGUGAUGGGUGGGGGAAACAUAGUUACACAUCGCGGGUAAAAAAAAUGUUUUACAGAACACGCUCAAUUUUGGUGGCCUCUGGUACAUUCUAAUGCCUUGAUUCCAUCCAAAAUACACAGCAAAGUUAUUUAAUACUUUAUCAAGGUUACCGCCCAGAUUGAUAAAAUGAGUUGUGGUAUUGUGUAGAAAGACAUGACGAUACAAUUUAAAUGUAAAAUAACAUUUUUAUUUACUGAAUAUUUAUGAAUUCAGUGUAUUGUUUGUUCUUUUGGAUAUCGUCUAGGCCUAGGUUUAUAUGAUCAGGACUAUUUUCUAAGUGGAGAACAUUAAACCUUUAACAUUAAACCUGUUUUGAGAUUAAAGUCUUAUUUGCAGUUUUACUGCAAGAUAUGAAUUGCCACAAUGUUUGUUCUUCAAAUUAUGUAUUUUGUUAAAUCAGAAAAAUUGAGGGCACAUUAUCUUGAAAAAUCAAUUAAAGGCGACAUUUAAAAAAUAAAAGGGUUAUAUCAGUCUUAAGUAUUAUAUCUUUCUGAUUUGACUGAAAUUAAUAAAGUAUCACUAUCAUAUUUAGACCAGAAUGAGGCUCUCUCGUCACUACCUAUUGUUGCACUUCAUUGAAUGUUUUCAUAAUGUAUCUGCAGAUAAUCGCCAAAAAGCCUACCAGUAAGCAAGUUAGGGAGCCAAAUGAACUGCUCUCACCGAUGCGAUUUGGUAGGCUACACUGACGAGUCACUCACUUUAGCAUCACUGUCUGCCAAGUCCCGACAUUUUAUAUCCUAGGAAAAUACAAAUGAGAUCUUUGGUUUACUUGUCCCAGUGGGAUACCAUGGACAUAUAACUACAUUGUAUGAUUUCUGAAUGGCAAAGGAAUAUACGGUAGUAGUUUGACUUUAUUCAGUCAGUUUGACACCUUAUAUAAACUAGUCAACACUUGCUGUUCGGUCGUCAAUGAAAGGGGGGUGGAAUGACAUGUCCUCUUAAAACUGCUUAUAACACAGAUUCUGUUUGAUAUUAAGAUGUUAACAACAACAAUGUGUUUUAUAGAUCUAUUUAGGAAAAGUCAAGGAAGGGAGGAACUUGAAUUUAAAAAAUGGCAGAGUAAUAAAAAAUGUACAUUUGUUUUGCGUCGUUAUGACGCUCUCGGCUUUUCUAGCGUUAACUUUUCUGACUAUGUUAAUCCUUAUCACAGAUUUUGAACGGUUCCACCUUUGAACUUUGGAUGUUUGUGGUUUAAUUCCCCCAGCCUAUCCAAUAAUGUUAUCUUUCCCAUUACGGAAAAGGUUGCUCCGGCUCCUUCGCUCCAAAGGAUGUUUCUACCCUUUAUCCACAAACAAACAAUCUAUUUUGUCAUCUCCAUGAGAAAAAGGCUUGCUUCUCUGUACUAAUUUAGAUGUUUAUUCUAUAGCUGCAAACCCCUUGCUUCUUUCUUUGCAGUCUUUAAUAUGCUGUUUAUUCCUAUAAACCUCUGCUCUAACUAACCAUGACAUUUAGAUGUUUAUUCCUAUUCUGUUACAGCCGUAACUGACCAUGACACUGUAAUGGUUGUUGUGCUUCUCAGAUUCCCUGACUUCUCUAUACUCCUUUAGAUGUCUAUUCCUAUACAGCCCUAACCCCUAAACCCCACUAACCAUGUCUAUAAUCUUUGUCUUUCCCAGACGUUUAUUUCUAUAAAGCCCUAACCAACCAUGAAUUAAACUCUGUGUGUCAUGGUUGUUGUGUUUCCCAGGUCCCCAGACUUCCGUGAUGAGGUGAAGAUCAAGCUGCCGGCCUCUCUGACUGACCACCACCACAUCCUGUUCACCUUCUACCAUGUUAGCUGCCAGCAGAAACAGAACACCCCCCUGGAGACCCCCGUGGGAUACACGGUAACUACUGUACAUAUACACGUGCACACGUGUGCGCGCAUAUGCACAAACAUUGCGCACAUGUGCACGGGCAUGUCACACACACGAGCACACAACACACAUGCCUUUUCAGGCCCUAAUCAUCUGUCUUUCUCUCCUUCCUCCUCUGUCUCCUCAGUGGAUUCCUAUGCUGCAGAAUGGUCGUUUGCGUACAGGAAACUUCUGUCUGCCUGUGUCUCUGGAGAAACCUCCUCAGUCCUACGCUGUCCUCCCCCCCGAUGUUUCUCUACCUGGGAUGAAAUGGGUGGAUAACCACAGAGGGGUUUUCAACGUUGAAGUGACAUCCAUUUCCACGGUCCACACACAGGUAUAGCCUAUCACAACCAACAUUUUCUGUUGCAAAAAUGUUUUGCUACAGUGUGCCUCAACUGAACAUGACCCAGGUCUUUCAAGCAAAGAAACCCCUACACUUUUCAUUCACUACCUAUAUACAUGUUUAGCGGUUACGAACCCCGUGGCUUUAAACGUCUAGGGUGGAUGGACAAGAGACCCGUAACAUAAUUCAUGCAAAUUAGAAUCGUGACAUGAAACAGUGAGAGCAAAAACUACACGACAACCAUAAACUACCGUCAAACAUAAAAGGUUUAUUUUUGAACACACGGUAAAGGUUUGGGAAAAAGGGCUGAGCAGGACCCAAGAAAUGAAACAAGUGUAAAAAAAAACUAAACUGAUCUUGCCUGCCUCAAGAACAGCUAAGCUACUGCUAAUCAUAAAAAAAUUACAGUGGGUGGUCCGCUCAGGUCUAACUAGUGUUUUUAGACAGUUUUCUUCCUACGGAUAAUGUAUGCCCAAGGGCAACUUGCUUAAAUUCCCCUUUUCCCAGAAACACACAACAAAGUUACCAAACAGAGUAACCAGCAAAUGAGUGAGUACACAAAACACCACACUAUCCAUACUCACAUACGGAAAAUAGUCUCUAACAAAGUUACCAAACAGAGUAACCAGCAAAUGAGUGAGUACACAAAACACCACAGUAUCCAUACUCACAUACGGAAAAUAGUCUCUCUCUACAAACACAACUGACUGGCUUUUAAACAAUGGGAUGUGUGAUUGAAAAACCAGAAACAGGUGGUGCAAUGCAGAGGAAUGUCCACUGAUUGGUCCACCUCAGCAAUCAGCAGACACUCCAACGACCACCAAUCAGGAACAUACAGGACACCUGUGAUUAGGGCAGAAGGAGAGGAAAAACACAAAAAGACACAGGAUAUCUGUAUCCGUAACACUCCCACCCUUAAAAGAGCAAACCACAAUGGUUUGCGACACACGUACCAUCACAACACCCAAAAUUCAAAGAUCAACAGCAUCCUGACGGGAUAACAAACACAAAUCUAGAUCUCUAAACACGAGACAAAGCAUCUGCCAACACAUUAUCCGACCCCUUUUUGUGGCGGAUCUCCAAAUUAUAAUUUUGCACUACAAGUGCCCAACGCAUAAGGCGUUGGUUCUGGUUGUACAUCCGGUGGAGAAAAACUAAGGGGUUAUGGUCAGUAUACACCAUCACUGGUAAUGCACUGGAACCAACAUAAGCUUCAAAGUACUGCAGAGCUAACAACAAAGCUAUAGCUUCUUGUUCAAUGGUGGAAUAGUUUGUCUGACAUUUGUUAAAUUUCCGUGAAAAAUAACAGACAGGAUGGUCCACUCCACUCUGGUCCUGCUGCAGUAGAACAGCACCAGCACCUCUGGCACUUGCAUCUACCUCCAGUUUAAACGGUCGUUCAAAAUCUGGCGCAGCAAGAACAGGAGUACUACAUAAGAGUGCUUUAGCAGUGUUGAAAGCAGUACGACAAUCUUCAAACCAUACAAAUUUUCUCGCCGGACUGAGCAAAUCCAUUAAUGGAGCAACUACCGCAGAUACAUUUUUACAGAAACUACGGUAGUAGCCAACCAUCCCUAAAAAACGGCGUAGCUCUCUUCUGGUAGUAGGUGCGGGAAAUGCAUUUAUAGCUGAGACCUUGGCAUCUACAGGGCGCACCUGACCAUGGCUGACCUGUUUACCGAGAUAAGUAACAGUGGCCUUCCCAAACUCGCACUUUGCUAAGUUCAGGGUUAGAGAAGCGGCUGCUAGACGUUCACACACUACCCUUAGAGUGUUAACAUGAUCAGACCACUCAGAUGAAUAAAUUACCAGAUCAUCAAGGUAAGCACUACAAUUAGGAACUCCAGCCAAUACUGUGUUAACCAGGCGUUGGAAAGUGGCUGGUGCGUUCCGCAUCCCAAAUGUCAUGACAGCAUACUGUAGGAAGUGAUCUGGGGUCACAAAAGCAGAGAUGUCGGAGGCACGUGAGGUUAACGGCACCUGCCAGUAACCUUUUAGAAGAUCUAGUUUGGUUACAUAAGUAGCAGCACCAACAGUAUCAAUACAGUCAUCCAGUCUGGGUAACGGGAACGAGUCGGGCACUGUGACAGCAUUUACCUUCUGACAGUCCGUACAUAACCUGGAUGUCCCAUCAGGUUUAGGAACCAGAAUGCAUGGAGAACUCCAAGGACUUGAACUUGGCAUAGCCAGGUUAUUCUCCAGCAAAUACCCGACCUCAUCCCUCAUUAUCUUUCUUUUAGAGACGUUGACACGAUAAGCAUGUUGCUUGAUAGGUGCAGCGUUUCCAACAUUAAUGUCAUGUUCUAACACAUUUGUGCAUGUAGGAACAUCAUUAAAAAGACAUGGAAAGCUGUGUAAUAGUCUCACAAUAUCAUCUGACUGUCCGUCCAUUAAAUGAAUCAGGCUUGACGGGAGAGACAGCAUCUCUGAAUUGGGCAAUCUAGCACACUGCUGCUGAGUAUUGCGCAAUUCCAAACCAUCUCCGUCCACAUCAUUAACAUGAUCUCCCACUACAGCCGUAGCAGCAAUAGAGACAGCCGACUCGGCCAGUUUCUCUGGACUGUCUCUGAGUGACGGGUCGGGUGUGGUAUGUCUUCAACAUGUUAAUGUUACACACACGAGAUUGGCGUUUUCUAUCAGGAGUCUGUAUCACGUAGUCAGUUUCACUUAGUUUCUUUUCAAUUACAUAAGGACCAGAGAAAUGUGCUGACAAUUACGCUCCUGGCACAGGCAACAAUACAAGAACUUGGUCACCUGGCUGCAGUGAACGAGAAACCGCCUGGUUGUCAUAGUGCCGUUUCAUCCGUCUCUGUGAGGAAGACAGCGUUUCCUUUGCUAGAGCACAGGCACCAUGUAGGCGCUCACGAAAGCGACUAAUGUAGUCCAACACAUUUUCUUUCACACACAACUCUUGUGAUAAAAACUGAUCCUUAAGGACUUUCAUAGGUCCUCUCAUGGUGUGUCCAAACACCAGUUCAGCUGGGCUGAACCCUAAGGAUUCCUGUACUGUCUCACGGACAGCAAACAAAACUAGAGGAACUCCCUCAUCCCAAUCCUUCUCAGAUUCCAAGCAAUAUUUACGGAGCAUAUACUUCAGUGUCUGAUGCCAACGUUCAAGCGCACCCUGAGACUCUUGGUGAUAUGCGCUUGACACACGGUGUGUAACUGACAAGGAUUUUAACACUUGUUUGAAAAGUUUAGAAAGGAAAUUCGUACCCUGAUCAGUUUGUACCACUUUAGGUAACCCAAAAGUUGAGAAGAAUUUGAUCAACGCUUUACUCACCACCGGAGCAGUAAUCCUUCGCAGAGGAAUGGCCUCUGGGUACCUGGUGGCCACCCACAUAAUCGUCAACAGAAACUGGUUACCAGAUUUUGUCUUAGGUAAUGGUCCAACACAAUCAACCAUCACAUGUUCGAAUGGUUCUGGUUCACCUAUGGCAGGUAUGGGACAAAGAGGCGCGGGAGGAAUAACCUGGUUCGGUUUUCCAGUUACUUCACAGGUGUGGCAAGUCCGACAGAACUGAGCCACAUCUUGUUUUUAAACCAGGCCAAAAGAAAUGUCGCAAAACCCGAUCAUAAGUCUUGGUGACUCCCAGAUGUCCGGACCACUGGUGAUCAUGAGCGAGGGAUAAAACAUUUUGUCGAAAGGCUGUAGGAAUCACUAUUUGGUAAACAGCAUUCCAAUCUCCGCCAGCGUCAACAUGGGAUGUCCAUUUACGCAUGAGGAGAUUACCAUCAAUGAAGUAUGCCAUGUUUUUCUUCUUUAGCUCCUCCUCUGAGACAACACUAGAAAAACAUUUAGCCAGGCUAAUGUCAACCUUCUGGUUAGCGAUCAGCUGCUCACGAGUGACUGGUAACUGUAUUGCCUCAGCAACAAGUUCCACAUCCUUCUUCCUUUCUCUGGGCUGUUGGUCAGACUGCACCAGCUUACCAGAGGUAGCACCCAAGCUAUCCUCUGGGUCACACUCUCUGAAUAGAAUCGUGUUCGACAAAUCUAUCACGUCACCCACUUGUCGAUGCUUGAGCACGUGUGACAGCACAAGCGGGGAACACAUCUGGAUAACCCUGUGCCAGCUCCUCGGAGAGAGACUGGUCACUGUUAUCCAAUACGGGUAUCACCUUUCCUCCGGCAAUAUCGUUGCCCAUUAUAAAUGUCACACCUUUUACUGGCAACAUAGGACGUACUCCAACUCUGAACAAUCCACUGACUAACUCAGUGUACGUUCAAUUCCUUGUACUAACACACUGGAACCACAAUAUGUAUUAUUGGACAAGGGCAACACAUCAGAUAGUAUGAACGACUGCGCCGCACAAGUAUCUCUGAGGAUUCUAACUGGACGCUGAGACGCUUCGUCAUCUGAUAUGGAAACAAACCCCUCAAAAAUGAACGGUUCAUAACUGUGAUCUGGGACUGGGACAGGGACUUUCAAACCACAUUCACUAUGAGGCCUUGGUCUUGAUUCCGGCCUUAAAAACCGUACGAAUCAGCCCAACACCCGUUGGCGGCCUGGCGUGCUGAGGCAUCCCCUGUUUACGUUUUAGCAGAAAGCAAUCAUUAACCAUAUGUCCCACCUUAUGACAAUAGAAACAGUGACGCACAUCUUUUGGGCGUGCUGGAUGUACUGCUGGUCGACUAGGACUAAAAGUUAGCAACUCUGCGGCCUUGCUCUCCGUACGAGCCGAAAACACGCUCUUAUGCGUCAACACACACUCGUCUGCCAAUACAGACGCUUCCGACAGUGAGGAUACUUUCUGUUCGUUCAGAUAAACUACAAUGCGUUCGGGUAAGCAAUUUUUUAACUCUUCUAACAAGAUUAACUCCUGUAGAGAGUUAAAAUCAGUUACCUUACUAGCACUGUGCCAUUUGUCAAGCAUAUUUCCUUUGUCUCUAGCAAACUCCACAUAAGUCUAAGUAGGAGACCUAAAUCUCUGUCGAUAUGCCUCAGGAACAAGCUCAUAGGCACGAAGAACAGUAGCUUUGACCACGUCAUAAUUCAAGCUGUCUUCAAGUGGUAGCGCUGACAGAACCUCUUGGGCUUUACCUGUUAAUUUACACUGAAGUAAAAGGCACCAUACCUCUUCGGGCCAUUUCAAUGCUACCGCUAUACGUUCAAAAACACUGAAAUAGGAAUCAACCUCUGACUCCCUAAACACAGGUACCAAGGUGAUCUGUCUACUAAUAUCAAAAGUAGCAGAUGCCACAGCUGGUGAGGAUGGCUCACUAGCAGGCAUAGUAUGAGCAGAGACUAACCUCGCUGUUUCUGCCGCCAUCUCCAUUUUACGCAUCUCCAGUUCCAUCUUACGCGUCUCCAGUUCUUGAUCAAGCCUACGCGUCGCCAACUUUUCUUGCCUGAUUUGUGCCCUCUCUUCCGCCUCCAUUUGGAGCCGUGUCAAGCGGACAUCCAUCCUGGCAUCACUGUCAGACAGUGGGGAGAGUGGGUCAAAACGGGGCAUUGUGGCUGGAGCCUUAGCCUCAGACACCGACGGGCUUACAGGAGCAGCAGCCACAUCCCCUACAGGAGCAGCAGACUCAGGCGGCGGUAACUCAAGCACUCGCUCGUUCAACAAUAUCUCUAACACUGUUUUCCUAACUUCUGCUUUCACUAAAACCCUUGAUAUGGGUACAGAAAAGUGGUCAGCCAAAGCCUGUAGAUCCACUCUACGGCAAUUCUCAAAAACCUCCCACGUAGGGUUUCCAAAAAGGCAUCCAACUCAAAAGUAGCCAUCUUAAACUAGCAACACGAGCCGACGAAUACUGAACACAAAACCAGUUAGUUACAGCUGCCAAGCUCAACACUGAAACAGACACUAACUAAUUUGCAUGAGUAGCAUGGGUAUCAAUGAGAAUUAACCCGGACGAACCCCCACAUUAUGUUAUGAACCCCGUGGCUUUAAACGUCUAGGGUGGAUGGACAAGAGACCCGUAACAUAAUUCAUGCAAAUUAGAAUCGUGACAUGAAACGGUGAGAACAAAAACUACACGACAACCAUAAACUACCGUCAAACAUAAAAGGUUUAUUUUUGAACACACAGUAAAGGUUUGGGAAAAAGGGCUGAGCAGGACCCAAGAAAUGAAACAAUAGUGUAAAAGAAAAACUAAACUGAUCUUGCCUGCCUCAAGAACCGCUAAGCUACUGCUAAUCAUACAAAAAUUACAGUGGGUGGUCCGCUCAGGUCUAACUAGUGUUUUUAGACAGUUUUCUUCCUACGGGUAAUGUAUGCCCAAGGGCAACUUGCUUAAAUUCCCCUUUUCCCAGAAACACACAACAAAGUUACCAAACAGAGUAACCAGCAAAUGAGUGAGUACACAAAACACAGGACACCACAGUAUCCAUACUCACAUACGGAAAAUAGUCUCUCUCUACAAACACAACUGACUGGCUUUUAAACAAUGGGAUGUGUGAUUGAAAAACCAGAAACAGGUGGUGCAAUGCAGAGGAAUGUCCACUGAUUGGUCCACUUCAGCAAUCAGCAGAAACCCCAACGACCACCAAUCAGGAACAUACAGGACACCUGUGAUUAGGGCAGAAGGAGAGGAAAAACACAAAAAGACACAGGAUACCUGUAUCCGUAACAUUAGCGUAUAUCUGUGUCAGACUCCGAGACAGAUAGAUAGACCAAAUACCGCAGCUUGGAUAGUGGAGGGAGGAGUGGUGAGCGUAACGUGUCCCUCCCUCAGUUCAUUACUGGUUGAACUUCACUGGUGUUAUUUAGUGCAGCCCACUCCAUCUCUCUGUCCUGUUGGCUGUCGUGUGGAGGGGAGAGGGAGAGUGUUUCCCAGGACCUUAGCCUGGUGGUAAUGUGAUCAUAAAUCACUGGGUCUGGGUACCUAUAGCUCUGCUCACUGCAUUACCCUACUGUAGACUGUAGCUCUAACCUCAGAGCACACAGUUCAAGCACUUCUAUUGUGCAGUGGAGUCUCACAUUUUCCUUUGAUCAAAGCCAGGUUUUCUUUGUUACUGACUUCUCUCUCUCUCUUUCUUUCCCUCCCUCCCUCCUUCUAUCCCUCUCUCCAUCAGGACCAGUACCUGGAUAAGUUCUUUGCAAUGGUCCAUGCCCUGGACCACAUGUUCCCUGUGCGGAUAGGAGACACGCGCAUCAUGGAGAACAACCUGGAGGCGGAGUUAAAGUCCAGCAUCGCCGCGCUAAACUCCUCCCAGCUGGAGCCCAUGGUCCGCUUCCUCCACCUCCUAUUGGAUAAGCUGGUGCUGCUGGUGGUGCGGCCGCCCGUCAUAUCAGGACAGAUAGGUACCACAUCCAGCCUCAUAGGAACUGUAGCCUUUCAAUGACUUCAUUUAAAUAAUUGUAUUCCAAAUGAAUAAUAAUAGGAAGAUAAUAAAUGAUAUUCAAAUAUUCAAAGUACCCAUAUUUUAAGAACAAACCUGUGCCUUUUGAACUUUUGUGCUGCCACUGAACUGGCACUGAAUUAAACGACUGUAAUAUCUGGUCCUAAAUGUGUUGUCUUGUGUGCGUGUCUGUGUGUGUAGUGAACAUGGGCCAGGCGUCGUUCGAGGUGAUGGCGUCCAUAGUGAACCGGCUCCAUAAGUACUUGGACACUAGUCAGGACAUGCACGGCAGAAACAGCCUGCUCUCCUCCUACGUAUACUACGUAUUCCGCCUGCCCAACACGGACCCCAACUCCCCCUCAUCAGGUACCUCAGCUUUUUCUUUUUGUUUUACCCCAGUUUUGGCUUGUAUUCAAUGAUAUUAAACUCUAUUAAACUGUAAGAGCCAUUACAUUUAUUGUGGAGCAAUAACUACUUUUUUUUUUUUCAUGUGUGUGUGUGUCUUAGGUCCAGGUCUGGGUGGUUCAGUCCACUAUGCCACAAUGGCCAGGUCCGCCCAGCGACCUGCCAGCCUAAAUCUCAACCGCUCCCGUAGCCUUAGCAACAGUAACCCUGAUAUCUCUGGCACACCCACCUCCCCUGACGAUGAGGUCCGAUCCAUCAUCGGUAGUAAGGUAGGAGACACGCCACAGACCAGACAUGGCUUACGUUAUGUUUCUCAGUACUUUUGGGGUACAGUCAGUCCACUAUGCAUCAAUGGUGCAGUGUUUUCCAUUAGCGCCGGCCGUCGGCUAAUCAGACGGUUACAGACUCAUUUUCAGCCGGCUACCUUUUCCACUUCAUAUUAACUAGGCUACUUUUCAUUUAAACGUUUCAAUUUGCUAGUCUGUCGCUCCCUCUCCCGCUAGAAUGAAUGAUAUGCAUCUUCUAGCCAUCUAUUUGUUGACGCCGCCGCCGUGCUGAAGUUUGCAGGUCUGUGAGUGAGUAUCGUUGCGUUAGUCAGUGUAGCCUACCGAAUCGCAUCGGUGACAGAGACGUUCACUUGGCUCCCUAAUUUGCAUAGGCUACUGGUAGGCUUUUUGGCAAUUAUCUGUGAAUAUAUGAUGAAAACAUUAGAUGAAGAUGGUGAAUCAUCACUGCAGGGACAAUAGGUAGUGGAGAGGCUCAUUCUGCUCCCAAUAUGAUCAUUAGGGUACUCACUGAAUCCAGGCAUUGAAACGGAAUUCAACCAUAUAAAAAAAUGUAUUUAAUCAACUAAAUGUAUAGAAAAUGUAGACAUUUUCCCAAGUUUAUUAUAAGUCAUGAACAGAAUGCAUCAUUGGUUCAUAUUUCUUGCAACUUUCUGAAGAGGCAAUGAGAUUUUCCCGUCUCUACCGCUACAAAAACACUGCUAACCAACAGCCUCUUGCUAUAUGCGCACUUGAAUUAAGGGUAACUACACCCAAAGAUUAAAAUUUCUCAGAUUUUUCAGAGACAUCAAAAGUGGUCUCCUGAUGUGGUUUAAGCAUUGUUGUGGACAUAAAACAUGAAAUGUGUUGUUUUUCUAUUAAAAAAGUGUGAUUUUUGAGAGUGGAAACCUGGAAAAACAAAACGGAAUCAGGCAUAUUUAAUGGAGUUUGUAGGGCCCUACCCAAGAUGGCGCCGACCAACAUGGCAGCUUUUCUUUGUAAUAUUAUUUUUCAGUCAGUUAAGAACAAUUUCGUAUUUACAAUGACGGCCUACCGCAAGGCAAAAGGCCUCCUGCGGGGACGGGGAUUUAAAAAAAAUAUAUAGGACAAAACGCAUCACAACAAGAGCGACACCUCAACACCACAUAAAGAGAGACCUAAGACAACACAGCAUGGCAGCAACACAUGACAACACAGCAUGGUAGCAACACCACAUGACAACAACAUGGUAGCAACACAACAUGGUAGCAGCACAAAACAUGGUACAAACAUUAUUGGGCACAGACAACAGCACAAAGGCAAGAAGGUAGAGACAACAAUACAUCACGCGAAGCAGCCACAACUGUCAGUAAGAGUGUCCAUGAGGGUUACUCAACCCUGCACCUUAGAGGCUGCUGCCCUAUAUAUAUAGACAUGGACUCACUGGCCACUUUAAUAAUGGAACACUAGUCACUUUAAUAAUGUUUACAUACUGCUUUACUCAUCUCAUAUGUACAGUGCCUUCGGAAAGUAUUCAGACCCCUUGACUUUUUCCACAUUUUGUUACGUUACAGCCUUAUUCUAAAAUGUAUUAAAUAAAUAAAAAUACUCAGCAAUCUACAAACAAUACCCCAUUAUAACAAAGCAAAAACAGGGUUUUUAGAAAUUUUAGCAAAUUUGUAUUUGCGUAAGUAUUCAGACCCUUUGCUAUGAGACUCGAAAUUGAGCUCAGGUACAGUGGGGAAAAAAAGUAUUUAGUCAGCCACCAAUUGUGCAAGUUCUCCCACUUAAAAAGACGAGAGAGGCCUGUAAUUUUCAUCAUAGGUACACGUCAACUAUGACAGACAAAUUGAGAAAAAAAAAUCCAGAAAAUCACAUUGUAGGAUUUUUAAUUAAUUUAUUUGCAAAUUAUGGUGGAAAAUAAGUAUUUGGUCACCUACAAACAAGCAAGAUUUCUGGCUCUCACAGACCUGUAACUUCUUCUUUAAGAGGCUCCUCUGUCCUCCCCUCGUUACCUGUAUUAAUGGCACCUGUUUGAACUUGUUAUCAGUAUAAAAUACACCUGUCCACAACCUCACAGUCACACUCCAAACUCCACUAUGGCCAAGACCAAAGCUGUCAAAGGACACCAGAAACAAAAUUGUAGACCUGCACCAGGCUGGGAAGACUGAAUCUGCAAUAGGUAAGCAGCUUGGUUUGAAGAAAUCAACUGUGGGAGCAAUUAUUAGGAAAUGGAAGACAUACAACACCACUGAUAAUCUCCCUCGAUCUGGGGCUCCACGCAAGAUCUCACCCCGUGGGGUCAAAAUGAUCACAAGAACGGUGAGCAAAAAAUCCUGCUGUGUCCCCCUGCUUAAGCCAGUACAUGUCCAGGCCCGUCUGAAGUUUGUUAGAGUGCAUUUGGAUGAUCCAGAAGAGGAUUGGGAGAAUGUCAUAUGGUCAGAUGAAACCAAAAUAGAACUUUUUGGUAAAAACUCAACUCGUCGUGUUUGGAGGACAAAGAAUGCUGAGUUGCAUCCAAAGAACACCAUACCUACUGUGAAGCAUGGGGGUGGAAACAUCAUGCUUUGGGGCUGUUUUUCUGCAAAGGGACCAGGACGACUGAUCCGUGUAAAGGAAAGAAUGAAUGGGGCCAUGUAUCGUGAGAUUUUGAGUGAAAACCUCCUUCCAUCAGCAAGGGCAUUGAGGAUGAAACGUGGCUGGGUCUUUCAGCAUGACAAUGAUCCCAAACACACCGCCCGGGCAACGAAGGAGUGGCUUCGUAAGAAGCAUUUCAAGGUCCUGGAGUGGCCUAGCCAGUCUCCAGAUCUCAACCCCAUAGAAAAUCUUUGGAGGGAGUUGAAAAUCCGUGUUGCCCAGCGACAGCCCCAAAACAUCACUGCUCUAGAGGAGAUCUGCAUGGAGGAAUGGGCCAAAAUACCAGCAACAGUGUGUGAAAACCUUGUCAAGACUUACAGAAAACGUUUGACCUGUGUCAUUGCCAACAAAGGGUAUAUAACAAAGUAUUGAGAAACUUUUGUUAUUGACCAAAUACUUAUUUUCCACCAUAAUUUGCAAAUAAAUUCAUAAAAAAUCCUACAAUGUGAUUUUCUGGAAUUUCUUUUCUCAUUUUGUCUGUCAUAGUUGACGUGUACCUAUGAUGAAAAUUACAGGCCUCUCUCAUCUUUUUAAGUGGGAGAACUUGCACAAUUGGUGGCUGACUAAAUACUUUUUUUCCCCACUGUACAUCCUGUUUCCAUUGAUCAUCCUUGAUGUUUCUACAAGUUGAUUUUAGUCCACCUGUGGUAAAUUCAAUUGAUUGGACAUGAUUUGGAAAGGCACACACCUGUCUAAGGUCCCACAGUUGACUGUGCAUGUCAGAGCAAAAACCAAGCCAUGAGGUCGAAGGAAUUGUCCGUAGAGCUCCGAGACAGGAUUGUGUCAAAGGCACAGAUCUGGGGAAGGGUACCAAAACAUUUCUUGGCCUGAAUGGCAAGCGUCACGUCUGGAGGAAACCUGGCACCAUCCCUACGGUGAAGCAUGGUGGUGGCAGCAUCAUGCUGUGGGGAUGUUUUUCAGCAGCAGGGACUGGGAGACUAGUCAGGAUCGAGGGAAAGCUGAACGGAGCAAAAUGUGGGGUCUGAAUACUUUACGAAUGCACUGUAUCAGACCGUAUGACACACAUGUAUUACUGCUCUAAUUACAUUGGUAACCAGUUUAUAAUAGCAGUAAGGCUUCUCGGGGGGUUUGUGGUAUAUGGCCAAUAUACCACGGCUAAGGGCUGUAUCCAGGCACUCCGCGUUGCGUCGUGCGUAAGAACAGCCCUUAGCCGUGGUAUAUCACACCCACUCUGGCAUUGCUUAAUCAUAUAAUAAUCGUACACUGAAGCACUUUUUUUUUUAAACCUCAUUGCCAUGGAUUCACUGACUUCAUAGAGGAUUAGAUUGAAAAGCCCCACUAUUUCUGCCUCCACAUAAGCUGUCACUGUACCACUGUAUCACUUGACUGUACACUAUGAACCUGAGAGCAGCAUUUCUCAACUGUGUGACUUGUCAACCCUAUAGCUGAUGGACAAACAUCAGCAGGAACACCUUAUCUCUGUAACCCCUGUAUCACCAACCUGACACACAGCAGGGAGAGGGCAACCUCAGCAUAGCAAAGUAUACAGUAGGACACUUUUAGGAAAGUGAAACAAUCUUCACGGCUCUGUUAGUAGAGGAAUUUCCAGGGGUAGCGGAGUGUAUUACAGAGACACUUCGUAAAUUAGUUAAUAACGUGGACUCGUUGCUCUAAUGCAGCCAUAUAAUCGUACAAUGAUUUGGUACUUUGAUCAAAUUACUUAGUUUGACCCCAAAAGUACUUGAAAGAUGAGUGAGUGAUGAACACUCCUUCUCUGUUUUUCUGAAGUCUGGUCUAACGUGAUGCUAGUGAUGGAUGCUGCCCCCAUAGAAAUAGAAUAGCCAGCCAUGAUGGCACAUCAACUUGAAUGGGGAUUCCUGUUCUACGUAUCCUAGUAAUUCUAGUUCUGUAGCUUCCCCUGUGUGAUGAAUGAUACCUACAGUAUAAUGCUACUAAACUAAACCUGUAUUCUUGUUUCUGAACCAAUGGAGGGCUGCAGAUUGUCAUGAUGGGAUAUGCGAUCUAAUCUGUUCAUGCAUUGCUGUUUUCAUGAAUCAGGGGUUUCUAAUUAAAUUAUUUCUGAUCUUUAACUAGCUAACUUUAUUAUUCCCCCUUGCUGCUUACGAUUCAAUCAUCUUAACCUUUAACCUCUAUGCUGUUCCCUCCUCCCCUGUGCUGCUCCGUCCGCUCGUUGCUGCCUUGAUCUUGCCUGCCCUUUGACCUGGGACCCUUGACCUCUCAGGGCCUAGACCGCUCCAACUCCUGGGUGCACACCAUGGGGUGUAAGAGCACCCCCUGGAGAUCCAGCCCCGGCUCUGCCUCUGACACUAACUCAAUGCAGGUGCUUCAACAAUAACAACUCCCUUCCUCUCCCCCCUAAAAAAUACGUCACCGUCACUCCCUACCCUUCUUAACCCGCACCUCAUCCACCCAUCAUCUACACGCUCCACCAGACAGGAAGUCAAAGCUGCCUCUAUGAACCUUAAACCGCCAUCUUUAGUUCUUUCACUUCUUGUCGUCCUUUCAGUUUUUACACAACACCUUUCUCUCUCCAGUUGGGCUGGAGAAGUAACAUCUAUGCCCAUUCUGAAGUCGUGGUGUUGUCACUAAUCUCUUAAAGUCAUGUCAAACAAGUGCAGACGGAUUUCUCACCACACUUCUUAUACCCCCAGUGCAGGAGAGGUGUUGCACAUACAUUGCAGUCAACUUCCAGCCAAGAACCUCUAGCCAAGACCCACGUGACUCAGUUUGUGGCAUUUUCCUUUUCUCAUACUUGAAAUCUAUACUAUUUUUAUUGGCGGUCCAGAGGCUAUCACCACGUGAUCUUCAUUUCCCCAAUAUUCAUUUUAAUUAGCUUUCCUCAUCCUCUCAUUCCCAGUCCUGUUUCAUUUUCACCAUGGUCAUUUGAACCCAUGCAUGACCUACUACUAAUCUUAUUCACCGUGUGGGAUGGGCAUGAUGUGGAAUACUGCUGCAUGUGGUGGUGUGCUGGGUGGGUUUGGGAGGGAGUGCGAGUGUGUAUGUGGUUGUCUUUGUAUUUUUUUUGUCUUUGUGUUGUGACUGUGGUUGUCGUCAUUGGUUGUCGUGAAGGGUAUUUUUUUGUGGCUCUAGUCAUGUCCAAAGAUUCAGUAAAAUAAAUAUAUGGGUUAACAGAGGUAAGUUAUACCCACAGGUUAACCCAUAUUUGGGGUGUUUGUUGUCAUUUUUCCCCCGCAGUUGAUACGGUGCACAAACUGCAUAUCUAGGGGAAGUUUUUCCAUUUGUGUAAAAUGUAUGUAAGAAAUAUAAAUAUGAAGUAUCUCACACACUGCACUUCUAUAUUGGUACUGUGUUUUUCGUAUACUGUCGUUUUAGAUUAUAUGACGUUUUGUGUAUUUGUGUGAUUGUUUGUGUUCAUGUUUGUUCAUUGUGUGUGACCGAGUAUAUGACUGUGUGUGUAAGCUUCUGAGUGUGUGAAAGUGAGAGAGGGAUUCUGCUGCAGACACAUCUCCUUGGGUUGAGAAGAUGCUACAGCUAUACCCGUUGCCUCUCACUAACCUGUUGUUGUCACCGUCCCAUCCAUCCCACCCAUAGGCCAUGGAGCGCUGUGGCAACCGCAUGUCUUCGCACGCUGAGAGCGCCAGUUUCUUGCAAACUUUAACAGGACGGUUACCCACCAAAAAGGUACCUACCGCUGUCUACACCGGGGGAGGAGCCAUACAGAGCCCCCUCACCUUAUUCGUCUGUCUCUGGAUGUGUGCCUCUUGAUUGGAUGGUGUGUUUGGUGGUUGUGGUCUUUUUGGAUGUAGAGCAGGGAUGGGCAACUUUGUUGCGGGUGGGGGCCACAAAAAAUCUUGACGACUCAUGAGGGGCCGCAGUGGCUUGCGGGUCUGCAUACCCACAUCCAUACCCACACAUUUGUGGACCCCAGGAAGAGUAGCUGCUGCUUCUGCAAAAGGUAAUGGGGAUCCUAAUAAACAUGCAGUCAGAGCCGGCCCUAGCCUUUUGGGGGCCCUAAGUGACAUUUUGUUUGGGGGGGGGGGGGGGGGGGUCCCCCCAUCUUGCGAGCAAAACAGUUUAGGUUACGUUUUAGAGUUAAUUUCCUGCAAUUCUACACAUUUUGCCAUGUGGCAGUUUUAAAGCACGUUUGCUGUAAUUCUACACAUUUUGUCAUGGGGCAGAGAGAAGAUAUAGUUAUUUUAUGCACUUUUACUCAUUUUUCAUGGAGCAGAGAUAUAAAUUAGCAGAUUUACAGCUAAUUUCCUGCAAUUCUACACAUUUGUGGAGAGAAUUGUUUGCAGUUUUUAAUGGUAUCUGACUAACAAACUCCAUAGGGGCACCCUGGUCGGUAAUUAGACUAUGAUUACUACAGGUUUAGAUAGCUGGCGAGACUAACUUACCGAUCAAACAUUUUUUCGCUGACAUGGGCUAAUUGAGUGACUGUCAGUGACUGAAAUAACAAGUGAAAAACUGCUGAUGCACAACCAAAUUUUGAAAUUGCACCUUGUGUUUUCUACUAUUCUAACUCUAAACAGUAAGUCGAGACCCCAACUGAGUUACCCCGGCCAAAAAAUUAUCCACGGGCCACCAGUUGCCCAUCCCUGAUGUAGAGUGUAGAUGUCCUCUUGGCUGUGAUUGAAUUGUGAUGUUGACAGUAUUGUACAGGAAUGGUGUGUUUGUGUGGAGCGAACCACUAACUGUAGCACUUUGACCCUUGUUCAGGGAAACGGCACACUCUUGAUAUUUAUAUCUUAAUGAAGCCUCCUUUUUCAGUGUUACCACCAGACACAGGCGCACCAAGUGGAUUAUUUCGUUUUUUUUGGAGCAAAUAUUACAUAUAUUACAUGACUAAGAUAAGAUCAAACUAUUAUUAAGGGCAGGUUGACCCAGGUCUGAUGUACUGUGCUAUGUGUGUCUAACUGUCUGGUCCGUGUGUCUCCAUCUCUCUGUCUCAGUUGUUCCACGAGGAGCUGGCCCUACAGUGGGUGGUGAGCAGUGGCAUCGUCAGGGAGGGAGCUAUACAACAGGCCUGGUUCUUCUUCGAGCUCAUGGUAAGACAAGACGACACACAGCUGCAUCUCUGGAGCCUUUUUCACACUAGUAAGCUGUGCCGACCUGUACUGCUCUGGCCUGGUUGCGUAUCCACCAUAAUUGGUGGAAACAUGUUGGAAAUGACAGAGUGAAAAUAAAAUAUCUAAGCAAAGUCAGUAUGGUUCCGGUUGGCACGAUAGUGUCACAAGGCUACACUAUUGUGCUUUUCAUCCUGGCCCUGUGUCUAUGGUUCCCUCUAGUUGGCCAAGCUGCAAAGUCAAAAUUGGCUUUAUCAGAAAUUUGCCUUUUGGUCUUAAUUUAAGGUUAGGCAUAAGGUUAGCAUUGUGGUUAGGGUUAAGCUCAGGGUUAGGUUUAAAAUCUGAUUUUAAGAAGAUAAAUUGUACUACGUGGGGCUUGGCCAGAUAUUACCAACCCAUAACUACCACUAUGUGUUGGGCCCAUAGACUUAGAUAGACACUAUCUGUCCCAUUAUGGCGUCUGUGAGAGCAUGGGCAGCGCCAUUGAGGCCAUCUCCAUUUUGAAGUGGUCCAUUUUCUUCUUCUACUACUUCUAUGAGUUGGUAAACAAACUGAAAGGGUGCAUACUGCCACCUGUAGUGUGUUGUUUGAACAGGUAUAAAGCCAAGGUUGGUGAUUUUAGUGCCACCUGCAGUUAUGGAAUGUUUACUCACGAGUAUAAUUCAUUGGCUGAUCCCUCUUGAUGACCUGGAUGGGAAUAUGUGAUUCUUCCUUAACCCAGUUACUACUUAAAAAUGGUGAAAAUCCUCAAUGGCGCUGUCCAUGCUAAAACAAGGUUUUGGGCCCAAGAGUCCUCUAUAAUCCGCUAUGGUUGGGCCCUGUCUCACCUUGAUGACCUCAUUCCUCAGGUGAAGAGCAUCAUCCACCACCUGUACUUCACCGACCGGCUAGAGUCGCCCAGAAAGAACCGUUUCCCUGAGCGCUUCAUGGAUGACAUCACAGCCCUGGUUAGCACCAUCGCUGGGGACAUUGUCUCACGCGUUCAGAAGGUAGGAGUGAAAAUCAGAAUAAACUUUGUCACCAGCAUAGGACACACGGGGACAAUACAGAUCAGGCUUACAUCAACACAGCAGUUUCUAAUGCCACGAAUCACACAGAUACUCCAAAUAAAGGGAAUGGUCUGAAUGGACCUUUUCUGGUUCGAAGUAAAUCCGAUCGAGCAGUGUUCUCGAGACUCUACCCUGACCUCUGACCCUGUGUUUCUGUCCAAUCAGGACCUUGAGUUGGUGGAGCGUCUGAACACCAGCCUGGCCUUCUUCCUGAAUGACCUGCUGUCUGUCAUGGACCGAGGCUUCGCCUUCUCCCUCAUCAAGACAUACUGGAAACAGGUACUGGAAGAGGGAAGCACCCCAACAUCACCUUAAUGACAACAUCCUUGCAGAAUCUGCUUUCAUUCAAAAAGGCUUGGUGAUAUAACCACUAUGAUGGAGUGACUUUGUGCACAGGAUUUUAGAAGUAACAGUACAGUAGCUAUCCUGCCAAUUACACUAUUGGAUAUCACUUCCCUGACUUGGAGUAAAGGGCCUCAACAGUGCUUCUCCAUCAAACCCUGUUUUGGGCAGUUUUCUGGACAUCAUUCCAUGCCUCUCCCCAGGUGUCCGCUAAGCAGUACAUGCUGCAGAACCCAACUCUGGAGUCCCUGAGACUGGACUUCCUGAGGAUCGUCUGCAGCCACGAGCACUACGUCACAAUUAACCUGCCCUGCAGCCUCCUCACGCCCCCCGCCUCGCCUUCACCCAGCGUGUCAUCCGCAACCUCACAGGUCAGCUAUACACAGUACACACACACACUGGACACACACACACACACACACACACACACACACACACACACACGUCCUGGAGGAGUAAGAGGUGUGUGGACAAUGUCUCUAAAUCAUCCCCUGCUUCUGUUUCUCACUCUCUCCAUACUUCUCUCCAUCUCCACAGAGUUCUAGCUUCUCUACCCAUGCCCAGGACCAGAAGAUAGCCAACAUGUUUGAGCUGUCUGUCCCCUUCAGAGAGCAGCACUACCUGGCUGGACUGGUGCUGGCUGAACUGGCUGUCAUCCUGGACCCGGAGGCCGAAGCGUCAGUAUUAGUACACUGUGUUUACUGUUUGUGUGUAUGAGAGGGAGACCGAGAGGUUAUGUCAUUUGCCUCCUUUGUCGCUCGCUGUGAUUCUCGAAGGCAGACUCCUAGGUGGUCAGUACAUUGUGUUAAUGUAUGUGAGGGUUACUGUGGUCACGUGGACCUCAUGUUUCUCUCGGUCGUUCUGUGCUUCCUGAAGGUCUAGCGGGAUACUGUGUGUGUGCUAUUGAGAAGGGUUCUCUCCUCUUCACCUAUACUAUGUGUCUUUCUUUGUCGACCCUCUCAAGGCUAAGGGGCAGUACAUUGUGUGACUGUUAUUGAGCGGGGUUAUUGUUCAUGUGACGUAUACAAUGAGUGUACAAAACAUUAAGAACACCUUCCUAAUAUUGAGGUGCACCCCACCCUUUGCCCGCAGAACAGCUUCAUUCAUCGGGGCAUGGACUCUACAAGGUGUCGAAAGCGUUCCACAGGGAUGCUGGUCCAUGUUGACUCCAAUGCUUCCCACAGUUGUGCCAUGUUGGCUGGAUGUCCUUUGGGUGGUGGGUCGUUCUUGAUACACACGGGAAACACCCAGCAGCGUUGCAGUUCUUGACACAAACCGGUGCGCCUGGCACCUACUACCAUACCCCGUUCAAAGGCACUUAAGUAUUUUGUCUUGCCCAGUCACCCUCUGAAUGGCACACUACACAAUCUGUCUCAAUUUUCAAAAAAUCCUUCUUUAACCUGUCUCCUCCCCUUCAUCUACACUGAUUGAUUGAAGUGGAUUUAACAAAUGACAUCAAUAAGGGAUCAUAGCAUUCACCUGGUCAAUCUGUCAUGGAAGGAGCAGGUGUUCAAUGUUUUGUACACUCAGUGUACGUCUUUCUCGACCCUGAAACUUAGCGGUCAGUGUUAUCUUCUGUCUUUGUGUAGAUAAAUACAUCGGUGCACUCUGGCAGUUUACAGUAAAGAAUAAACAUAAUUAAAAUGAACACAUUUAUUUAAAAAAAAACAUUACAAUGUGAACAUCUGCCCCAUAUAGUUUCCAUUUAAAAGGCCAACUAAUGAUUGUAUUGGACUUUUUCUGUAGCGUUCAGUGUUGCAUCUGAUCUCCUGUAGUUGCCCUUCCUGCCUUGUCCUUACUCCGGGUAGCUGGUCACUUGAGGUGGCAGCCAGCUGGAGAAUUUGUUUGAACUCUGCGGCUUGAGAGCACAUUUCAGACACCGCUCCUCUCGUCUCUGCUGCAAUGGUUGCAUCCGUAGGGUUUGGCAGGCCACUGAGUAUGUUGCGUAGCCAGAACCUAGAAUGAUCUUGAGGGCCCUCCUCUGGACUCUCUCUAAGGCCUGGUGUUGUUUUUCAGUGAGGUUGAAAUGCCACACAGAAACAGCCUACUCCACCACAGCAGUUUUCCUCUGGAAAAAUGUGUAGCAGUGGAGGAAAAAGGUUGGAGGGGGGUCCCUGAAAAUAAAAUGAUGAUGACACCAUAUUGGUAAAAUUAUUUGUUUAAAUUAUUUUAGCAUAUUGGACCAUGCAUAUAGCCUAUGCAUGGUCCGUAUUAUCAGGUAUGCUAUUAGCAGUAAGCAUUAUCACCUGUAGCCCGACUGAUGCAGCAUAGUGGCUAUAAAUAGGCUGACGCAUGGGGUUUCCUAUCUGCAUUUACCCUACUGAGCUUAUCAUUAGCUAGAUCCUAAAUGUGAUAUUUUAACAAGUUAGCAUCCUAUUGAUGAAUGUUAUUUCCCAGAAAACAUGCAUAAGCACAGUGAAUAUAAUGUAGUCCUACCUGUUAGGGUAACUUGGGGUAAACCGCCACCUGGGGUAACACUGCGUGUACUUCUUACAGAAACCACCAUGUCACCCUGGUUACCAUUACUCUUGCUCAACUGUCAUCUCUCAUCACAAUUUUUUUUUAAGUCACUCCAACAAAAAUAUGUUGAGGUAGGGUGGCAUUCUACCCCAAGUUACCCUACAAUUGACCCGUGUUACAUUUAGCCCCACUCACCCCUAUGCGAAUUGCAGCGGUAAUGUGCUUAACCAUGGUGCUGCUAAAAACUCUGGGUUUAGAAAGGCGUUGAGAAAUAAAGUAGGAAUGGAAAGCUGGGAUCCUCCUCCUUUUUAACAAAGGCCAUCAAAAUGGCUGUUUUCCCCACGAUUGCAAGAUUUGUGCAUUGACUAGAAUGCAUGUUUCCCUCCCUAUGGUAACUUGAAUGCGCCUCGAAUAAUAUUUAUCUUGCAUAGAACCCACAACAACAAGCCGACUAGGUAACUAGAUAAACUAUUGUAGUAUGGGUUUGUCUGGUCUAUUCAUUACUCGUUUUGUUUGCAGAGGAAAAGUAAAUGUGGACUGUUCUAGCGUCUUCAAAGUGUCCCUCAGCAGCAAUAUCUUUUCAUGUUCCAUAUUUUUUGGGCGUGGCACCAAUGAUUUUGACACGGCGCAGUGCCACAUAAAUGGCUGCAACGGAAACAGUGCACCACAGGAGAUAUACGUCUCAUAGACAGUUUUCAGGUCUUGUAUUGGAGUGUGAAACCUCCUCAGCCUUUUUAGGAUGAACAUUCUCUGGCUUUUUUGGUCGAUGCAUGUCCCAUCGAAGAUCUGCCUGUACCCACAAGCCUAGGAGCUUGGUGGCUGGAACACAUUAAGCACCUUGCAUUCGCUGGGAUUCAAUUUCAUAUUGUUAGCCUUUGUCCUGUCAGUUUGUAUUGAGCUUGGCUCUUGGGUUCUCCUGACCUCCAGCAUGUUCAGAUCAUCUCCAAACGUCCACCUUUCUCCUCUUGCUGUCAGAGAGGUGUCGUUUAUCUUAGCAAGGAAGAAUUGUCCCCUGUGGCAGGCUUCAGGACAAACUCUCCCACUCUGUAAGGGUAGUUUGAUACCUCACGCUGUCUUGACAAUUGUAGAAAAUUAGCGUAUGCUAGAAACACUAUAAUACAAUGCAUCGGGAAAUUGUUUAGUCAAUGUGUUUGUACUUGUCCCUAUCCAAAUAAACCUCUGUCUUCCUCCCUCCCUCCCUAUCCUAUAGGAUGUUUGGCUUACAUAAGAAGGUGAUCAGUGUGGUCCAUAACCUGCUGUCCAGCCAUGACUCCGACCCCCGCUACAAUGACCCUGAGGUCAAGGCCCGUGUCGCCAUCCUCUACCUGCCACUCAUCGGCAUCGUCAUGGAAACGUUGCCCCAGCUGCACGACUUCACAGGUAGGUCUGAAUUCUACAUUUAGCCUUCCAUGUCCCAAACGUUCAGGGGUAUUCUGAGUCGGUAGAUAUGUGGAGUUGAUCCAUACUUGAAUAGCAGUGUGGUUAGAUAAAAGGGCUAUGAGGUGGCUUUAGAAAUCUGUGGGCGUCCCACUGGUUUUGGUGCUGCUCAGGAAAAGCACAUUAAACAAUGUCUGCAACUCUGAUGUGCUAGUCCCGACAGAUUUUGUUUUGUGCUUGUUGAUCCUGAUUGGUUUCUCUCCUCUCCCCCCCCUCUCUUUUCUGUAGAGUCCCAUAACCAGUGGGGCCGCCCUGGGGGAGCUCAGGGGUCCGCAGGUGGGGCCGUGGGGGACGAGUCUGUAGAGGACGGCAGCAGCAUGAUCAGUCAGACCGUUGCCAUGGCGAUAGCGGGGACCUCAACUCCGGUGUCCCGUCCCGGCAGCGUCCUGCUCAACCCACAGGUAACUACACUUCCUGUUUCUCUCUCUCUCUCCUCUCUCUCUCUCUCUCUCUCUCUCUCUCUCUCUCUCUCUAUCCCUUCCUCUCUUUGUCCUACCUUUCUCCCUCUGUCUUUUCUUCCAGAGUCUCUCUUUCUCUCCAUCUCUUUAUUUCCUCUUUAAUUUCCUCUGUUUUGCUCACCUUUUCUUUCCUUUGUAUCUUCCCCUCUCUCUCCAGGCCAGUCGUCUGCACGGCACCUUCUCAGCAGAGUCCAGUCGCAGCCUGUUGAUCUGUCUGCUGUGGGUUCUGAAGAAUGCAGAUGAGUGUGUCCUACAGAAGUGGUUCUCUGACCUGUCGGUCUCCCAGCUCAACCGUCUGCUGGACAUGCUCUACCUCUGCGUCUCCUGCUUCGAGUACAAGGUAACGUCCCACCUGGAGCACGGGCAAAAGCAUGCAUGGUGUACUUUCCUUAGGUCAUUUGUAGUAAUGCCAUCGAUUCUGUGGAAGCACGUCAAAUGUAUUGCCUCACUGACAGUCCAUUAUUUCGUCCCUGGAUAAGACUGGGUGGAAAGAAACUUAUUUGAAAAGGUUCUUGGAAUUUGUACUUCCCAUGCUCUAUGAGAUGGUUUUCAAAUUGGUGUAUGUAUGUGUGUUUUUCGGAGAGGUUGGGUUAAAAGCGGAAGUCAAAUUUUGGUUGGACCUUGUGUGCAGUUGACCAAUAAAGUAAUCUUAAUCUUUCCUUACUCUUACUUUUCCAUAUAAUCCAUCUCUAAUCCAUCGUACCUCUCUUGCUGUGGUAGUGUGGCACAGUAACCCUGUAACUUCUCUCCAUCCUCAUCAUGGAAAAAGGCCCAUGUUGUGUUCACCAUGCAGGGGAAGAAGGCCUUUGAGCGCAUGAACAGCCUGACCUUCAAGAAGUCCAAGGACAUGAAGGCCAAGCUGGAGGAGGCCAUACUGGGGAGCAUCGGGGCACGGCAGGAGAUGGUCCGCCGCAGCAGGGGACAGCUAGGUACACAGAGCAAACACACACACACACACACACAGCACACACGCACACACACAUUGGGAAAAGUGAUCUGAAAAUGACCAUUCAAUCUCUCUCCCUUUAACUUCUCUUUGCCUUUCGCUCCAUAUCUCCUCCCAUAUCUCCUCUCCCUCACCCGCUCUACCCCCCCUUUCCUUCUCAUUCCCUCUCUCCUCCUCUCAUCCCUAUCUUCUCUCCUCCUCUUAUGUCCCCCCCCCCCCCCCCCCCCCACUGUAGAGAGGAGUCCGUCAGGCAGUGCCUUCGGCAGCCAGGAGAACCUGCGCUGGAGGAAAGACAUGACACACUGGCGCCAGCACAGCGAGAGGAUGGACAAGUAUGCUUACCUUUUGAGAGAGAGAGAGAGAGAGAGAGAGAGAGAGAGAGAGAGAGAGCGAGAGACGACUAGCGAGAUAGAGAGAGAGAAGAGAUCGAGCUCUCUCCUCUCGAUCUCUCGCUCCUCUCUCUUCUCUCUCUCUCUACUCUCUCUCUCUCUAUCUCUCUCCUCUCUUCUACUUCUCCCUCUCUACUCUCGCUCUACCUCUCUCUCUCUCUCUCUUUAUCUCUCUUCUCUCUUGCCUCUUCUCUCUCUCUUCCUAUCGCUGUACCACAGACAGCCCCUAUGAGUGAUGGGUGGAUUCUGAUGCUACAACAGAAUAAUGCAUGCUGACAGAUCCUAUCCUGUUGUUUUUAGAUGUUCAGUGUUUAAAACACCUGUAAGGCACAUGCAUCUUUUCAUCUGUGAACUCUUUUUCCGAAUGUUCUCUCGUGUCUCACUGUGCCUCUGUGUAGGAGCCACAGAUCCUUCAGGUAUUGAAUGGUUCCCUGGAGUCAGUGUGCUGCAUUAGUGACCUGACCCCUGACCUCUCCUGUAACCAUGAUUGUGGUGUUUACAGUGAGGGAAAAAAGUACUUGAUCCCCUGCUGAUUUUGUAUGUUUGCCCACUGACAAAGACAUGAUCAGUCUAUAAUUUUAAUGGUAGGUUUAUUUGAACAGUGAGAGACAGAAUAACAACAAAUUAAUCCAGAAAAACGCAUGUCAAAAAUGUUAUAAAUUGAUUUGCAUUUUAAUGAGGGAAAUAAGUAUUUGACCCCUCUGCAAAACAUGACUUAGUACUUGGUGGCAAAACCCUUGUUGGCAAUCACAGAGGUCAGAUGUUUCUUGUAGUUGGCCACCAGGUUUGCACACAUCUCAGGAGGGAUUUUGUCCCACUCCUCUUUGCAGAUCUUCUCCAAGUCAUUAAGGUUUCGAGCCUGACGUUUGGCAACUCGAACCUUCAGCUCCCUCCACAGAUUUUCUAUGGGAGUAAGGUCUGGAGACUGGCUAGGCCACUCCAGGACCUUAAUGUGCUUCUUCUUGAGCCACUCCUUUGUUGCCUUGGCUGUGUGUUUUGGGUCAUUGUCAUGCUGGAAUACCCAUCCACGACCCAUUGUCAAUGCCCUGGCUGAGGGAAGGAGGUUCUCACCCAAGAUUUGACAGUACAUGGCCCCGUCCAUCGUCCCUUUGAUGCGGUGAAGUUGUCCUGUCCCCUUAGCAGAAAAACACCCCCAAAGCAUAAUGUUUCCACCUCCAUGUUUGACAGUGGGGAUGGUGUUUUUGGGGUCAUAGGCAGCAUUCCUCCUCCUCCAAACACGGCGAGUUGAGCUGAUGCCAAAGAGCUCGAUUUUGGUCUCAUCUGACCACAACACUUUCACCCAGUUCUCCUCUGAAUCAUUCAGAUGUUCAUUGGCAAACUUCAGACGGCCCUGUAUAUGUGCUUUCUUGAGCAGGGGGACCUUGCGGGCGCUGCAGGAUUUCAGUCCUUCACGGCGUAGUGUGUUACCAAUUGUUUUCUUGGUGACUAUGGUCCCAGCUGCCUUGAGAUCAUUGACAAGAUCCUCCCGUGUAGAUCUGGGCUGAUUCCUCACCAUUCUCAUGAUCAUUGCAACUCCAUGAGGUGAGAUCUUGCAUGGAGCCCCAGGCCGAGGGAGAUUGACAGUUAUUUUGUGUUUCUUCCAUUUGCGAAAUAAUCGCACCAACUGUUGUCACCUUCUCACCAAACUGCUUGGCGAUGGUCUUGUAGCCCAUUCCAGCCUUGUGUAGGUCUACAAUCUUGUCCCUGACGUCCUUGGAGAGCUCUUUGGUCUUGGCCAUGGUGGAGAGUUUGGAAUCUGAUUGAUUGAUUGCUUCUGUGGACAGGUGUAUUUUAUACAGGUAACAAACUGAGAUUAGGAGCACUCCCUUUAAGAGUGUGCUCCUAAUCUCAGCUCGUUACCUGUAUAAAAGACACCUAGGAGCCAGAAAUCUUUCUGAUUGAGAGGGGGUCAAAUACUUAUUUCCCUCAUUAAAAUGCAAAUCAAUUUAUAACAUUUUUGACAUGCGUUAUUCUGGAUUUCUUUGUUGUUAUUCUGUCUCUCACUGUUCAAAUAAACCUACCAUUAAAAUUAUAGACUGAUCAUUUCUUUGUCAGUGGGCAAACUUACAAAAUCAGCAGGGGAUCAAAUACUUUUUUCCCUCACUGUAUGUCUGUCUGGUGCCUGCAGUGGGACUGCUGUUCCUUUAACCAGUGUGCAUUGCUCCUUUGGGUUCUGACUGAUGUGUGUCUGUUCCCUAUUCUGGGUUUAGAUGGGUGAAAUCAAUGUGAUUCUGUCGCAACUGGUAGGUUCUCAAUUGGUGGAUGAUUAGCAUGUGACAAUUUGCACAGUAGGAAAGGUAGAUGAUUGUACCGCAUGUGUACUUGCCCUUUUUAGAAUAAAGUCUCUUCUAAAACAAUUAGACCCCUAUUUGUAAUACUCAAUGUCCAUAAGUCAACAUAAAAGUGGAUAAGUCACAGAAAUAACAUAUUCUAUUGGUGUGGCCUCUCUACACCUACCCCUCUCCAUCCCCCGGUGCCCCCCUAACCCUCCUCCUGCCUUACCUCUGCUGCCUAACUCUUCUCCCCCUAGUGGGGGAAGGGAUGGAGGUGCGUUUGGUCCCUGGUCCCCUGCUCUCCUCUCCGUGUGCUAGCUAUGCCAUGCCAUGCAGCGCGUAGCUACCGUGUACUGUGGACUGUGCCGUGCAGGUUUAGAGACAGUGUCCUACCACGCAACUCGGGGAGUCGAACCAAAACCCAACCCCAGGAGCCUUUGGUAGUUAGGUGUGUAACUCAUCAACUGCAACAAAACAUGUCAUGAUCCCCCCACCACCACCAUCCUACUCCUCAACCCCUCCAUACAUCCAUACACCAAACCCCUACAGUACAUUGCACAUGGAAGAACUCCUGUCUGUGUGCAAUGGCUUGAAUGUGACUGACAGGCAGGGUGAGCGCUGUGGCAUUCAAGGGGACCCCAUGAAUAUAGAGCUGGCUGGCGGCCAUUUUGGAGAGUAUCACUUCUUGUUUCCUGUGACAGGACCAGAGCGGAGCUGGAGCACGAAGCACUUAUUGACGGUAACCUGGCAACAGAGGCCAACCUGAUCAUUCUGGAUACGCUGGAGAUCAUCGUCCAGGUAUAGAGAUGUUAAAAGUAGACUCAGCGAAAUGACGUUUCCACGAGCAGCACCGCAGAUAUUGCGACGAGCGAGAUGCAAGCCUUUGCUCUCACACAGUCGCACACAGUAUCUGCGCACGUGCACGGGUUCACUUCACGCUGUGGCAGCGUGGUAGCCAGGGCACCAAAAUAGCAGAGAAGUAUAGCCUCGCGCUUCAACGCUCUUAGUUGUUGCGGAAAUGUACCCACUAUGCUGUUGACUUUGUGCACCUAUGUCAUAUCGCUGAGUCUACCUUUAAGAAGCACCAGACUCCUCACACACGCACACAGUCAGGUUGAAAGUUUGACACAUUUGCAAACCAAAUGUCCCUCUGGGGUUAAUACAAAUGUAUUGAUUGAUUGUGAUGUGUGUUUCUAUGCAUUUGUGUAUCCUAGACGGUGUCUGUGACAGAGUCCAAGGAGAGUAUCCUGGGUGGAGUGUUGAAGGUGCUGCUCCGUAGCAUGGCCUGUAACCAAAGUGCCGUCUACCUUCAACACUGCUUCGCUACACAGAGAGCUCUCGUCUCCAAGGUCAGAAUUGAGUUCCUGUCUACAAUCAUGUAGACAGGAAGAGGGGUUGCACUUUUAAGAGAUUUAGUGAAAUCUAUUGGUAAAAUGUCUGCAUACUGUAAUUGUAUUGUCUGUUUAUAUCUCUGUGUGUCUCCUGUUUCAUACUUAUGUACAUUUCUCUGUCUGUGUGUCUGUGUGUCUGUGUGUCUGUGUGUCUGUGUGUGUGUGUGUCUGUGUGUCUGUGUGUCUGUGUGUGUGUGUGUGUCUGUGUGUGUCUGUGUGUGUCUGUGUGUGUCUGUGUGUCUGUGUGUCUGUGUGUCUGUGUGUCUGUGUGUCUGUGUGUCUGUGUGUCUGUGUGUCUGUGUGUGUGUGUGUGUGUGUGCGUGUAGUUCCCAGAGCUGUUGUUUGAGGAGGAGACAGAGCAGUGUGCUGACCUGUGUCUGCGUCUACUGAGGAACUGUAGCAGUAGUAUUGGCACCAUCAGAUCCCAUGCCUCCGCUUCUCUAUACCUGCUCAUGAGGCAGAACUUUGAGAUUGGCAACGUGAGUACAACGUCAGGACAACGCACAGCAAACACGGAUACAUAGAGUACUGUCUACUUGCCAGCUACAUACCCAUUUUUUAUUAAACUAUUGAUCCCUUUAGGGGUUAUUUAGUCAUUAUCGAUUGAAACACAGGAGAAUGAUUGCAUAUCUUGUACAUACUCCACAUGCAACAUAUGUUCCUUCUUUUCAGGACAGGUUCAUGUACAUUUAAGUGUUUUAUGUUUUCACUGUUUCUCUUAACCGUCCGUGCUCCUUUUGUAGAAUUUUGCCCGGGUGAAGAUGCAGGCGACCAUGUCCCUGUCCUCCCUGGUGGGAACGUCUCAGAACUUCAACGAGGAAUUCCUCCGACGUUCCCUGAAGACCAUCCUGACCUACGGAGAGGAAGACCUGGAACUCCGGGAGACCACCUUCCCUGACCAGGUAACCACAGCAGACAUGCUGGAUAUCAAUAGAUUAGUACUGACAUUAACCCUUUUAGUUAUUGUAGUACAAAGCAGUGGAACUACUUGUUCAAUAUAUAAAAGUACUUCAGUAUACAACACAAUAAAUAAAUAAAAAACGAUUAAAAUGUAAUCAGACUUUCAGAAAAUGGCUAAUCGGAGAGGGAAUACCUUGUCCAAUCAUGUGAGAUGAUGCUGUCACCUUAUUAACCAUGCUUCAUAUCUCUAUCUAUGUAUUUCAGGUCCAGGACCUGGUGUUCAACCUGCACAUGAUCCUGUCUGAUACAGUCAAGAUGAAGGAGCACCAGGAGGACCCAGAGAUGCUCAUAGACCUCAUGUACAGGUAUGGAACACACACACACACACACACACACACACUGAGCUAUCCUUCAACGUGUUGCUGUGUCCAGGAUCGCUAAGGGUUACCAGACGUCUCCAGACCUGCGUCUGACGUGGAUGCAGAACAUGGCGGGUAAACACUCUGAGAGGACCAAUCACGCGGAGGCAGCCCAGUGUCUAGUGCACAGCGCCGCCCUGGUGGCAGAAUACCUCAGCAUGCUGGAGGACCGCAAGUACCUGCCGGUCGGCUGUGUCACCUUCCAGGUGAGGAAAAUGACUAUUUUAGGACUGUAGAUUUGACUACCUUGUUUGGACCAAGCAGUCAUCCUUAAUCCUACUCCUGGGGAGACAUGGUACUACAGGUUUUAUCCUAGCUUAGUGCCAUCACAACUGACUCAACUAAUCAACUGAAUUGAAUAUACAUGUUGUAAAGAAAAUGAAUACCAUGAUGAACCCAUUACAGUGUUAUGUCCGUCUGUAAAUAAUGAGUGACCACGUGUGACUCGUCUCUCUGUUUCAGAACAUCUCUUCCAACGUGCUGGAGGAGUCUGCCGUGUCUGACGAUGUGGUGUCUCCCGAUGAGGAGGGUAUCUGCUCGGGGAAAUACUUCACUGAGGCUGGCCUAGUGGAGCUGCUGGGUCAGGCUGCUUCCUCCUUCUCCAUGGUGAGACUCAAAGAAAGAACUACUGUACUUAUGAUACACCAGAGACAGUCCACAGCUGGUUUACCUACGACACACGGAGCGUUGUCAAGGCUUAAUCUAACCACUCAUAGGAAUAAAUACUUCACAUUACCAGACCUGGGUCAAAUACUUACGUCAAAUACUUGAGAUGCACUUGAUUGUUUUUGUCCGGUAUAGCGGAACCAAUGCAAGCCCCAAGCUAAAUCAAGCGCACCUCAAUACUUUCAAUACCUUUUCCCAGGCUGGUAUGUACGAGGCGGUGAACGAGGUGUACAAGGUCCUGAUCCCCAUCCACGAGGCCAACCGGGACGCCAAGAAGCUGGCCACCGUACAUGGUAAACUACAGGAAGCCUUUGGCAAAAUCGUGCACCAGGUAAAUGCUUGAUCUAUCUCUUGCCCUGUACAUACUGUAGGUAUAGAGAACAGACAGGACUGUUACGUGCCCAACAGACACUGUUUUGUGCCCUACCUCAGUGUGGAGGUCGUGUAGGACUGCCUGUCUGUGGAUGUUACGUGUGUAUGUCUGUGAUUCUGAGACCGAGAAACAGGUACUGUGUGUGUUAGGUGCAAGGACCCACCAGUGCAAUGCCCUAUUGUCUGUGGGAGGCAUGCAGGAAAGAGCAUGCUAAAUAUGUACACUCUCAGACCGACAGUCACUGCAGUGUACCAACGUGACUGUAAACAUAUUUAUAUUGUAUUUUCUUUGUCACCACAGAGCACUGGCUGGGAGGUAGGUCCUAAUGGUUCCUGCUUGGCCUACUCAUUUACGUUCUGUCUCUACUUUAUUAUUUGCUAGCCAUGGGGACGUUGUGUUGCUCUCUGCUUCUGUGUUACAUUAUACUGUACGAUCUGUUAACAUCUACCUAGACUGGGUGCUGUCCGUCUGUCCCUCCAACCAACUGUGGGACUGCUGGUGCCAUGUUACGGGCAGCAACCCUCCUCUUCCUUAUUUUCCUCUGUCUGUGGAAGAGGUUGUUUUAACGUGAGCGUUUUGGCAGGCCAUGCAUGGGAGCCCCAGUGUGACACUAAUGGCAAGCUUCACACUGCCUUGUCAGACCGUCUCUCAUCAACAACAAACUGUCUGGUCUGGUCGGGCAUCAACAUCUGGUCUGCUGCUCGCUCGCCUGUUGUCACAACUCAUCUCAUCUACAGCCGCAGGGUUCGAUUUUAGUUCGAUAUUCAUGCAAAGGAUACACUCCUCAUGUUGUUCUCUCAGUACACACUCCCACAAACCAGAGGCCUUUUGUAAUAGAAUGCUCUGACAUACAAAUUAAGCACAAACUAUUGCAAACUUGGGUUUGCCGUAUGCAGUUCCAACUGGAUCCACAUUUAUUUAAGACAUUUUGAAUUUCAAGAGGGUUCAAGUCAAAGGAUUUUGGACUGGAUUGUUAGAUUUGUCCCACCUCGAUUUGUCCCACCUCAAAGUAAAAUUUUCUCCCUUUUUAUUUGAAAUAGACAAACUAAAUCGACCCCUGAGUUCCUUCAUUCAUACUGCUGUUUUUGUGUUAACUGGUAUUAACCUGGUGUGUUGCAUGACAAGGACAGAGCACGCCUCCUCAUUCUCCAGAGGAAACUAAAGGACUGGGAGGACAGCCCCCUGAAUGUUUCCAGGGGCUGUGGAACUCAAUCACCACCAUGACUGCAUUCUCUUUUAUGGCCUCCUUUCUUUCCCUCUCCUCUUUCACCUCCCUUUACUUCACUCUCUUCCUCUGCAUGUUGUGUGUUCUUUAAGUCAAAAGGAAUGCUAUGUUUUGGUGGUUGCUGUCUAUUCUAUUCUAUUUGCCUUGGUUUGUGUUGCUCUUGUGUUUUUGUUGUGUUGUUUUUGUUUAGUUUCUCUAGUGAAGUACCUGAUUUAAAAUGUGUUCUUGUUUCCUCCUUUUUGAUUUCCCCGGUUGCCGUGCCGACCCUUCCUUCCCACUUGACUCAUUGUGUGUUGCGGUAAGUUCCUAGUUUGAGGGUUACUUUAUUUCUGUUACUUUUUAAAGGGGAAUGUAAUGCAAUGAACCACUGACAAACAACCACUGAGCCAAAUGGCAGAGUAACUGAUCACAAUAAAAUAUGCAAUGUAUUUCACUCUGUAUACCUGUAUAUUACAUUUUACAUUUUAGUCAUUUAGCAGACGCUCUUAUCCAGAGCGACUUACAGUUAGUGAGUGCAUACAUUUUUUGCAUCAAUUUUUUUCAUACUGCCCCCCCGUGGGAAUCGAACCCACAACCCUGGCGUUUCAAGCGCCAUGCUCUACCAAUUGAGCUACAGGAGGCCACCUGCCAAGGCUGUGUAAAUCGAAAUAAUAAUAACGGUAUCUAUUAUGCUGAAGGCCGUCUGUGUUUAUAUUUGGUGUUGCAAUUGAAGUGUUUGCUGAUGAUGAGAGAACUUGAACUUCACGGUUUCACUGAGUUGGAUGGAAUUCAGCUAAUGUAUCAAUAGUCUGGCUCAGACAUAAUCAGACUCUGUCAGCACGGGGUUACUACCGUGCUUUAUUCUUACACUUCUGACGACAUUCUGUGUAAAAGCAACAUGUUUUUGUUCAAGUAACAUGCGUGCGCUUAUAUUUAACAUUUGCACACGUAAAACAUGUUUUCUGUCUCACAGGAUUGGAAGAGAAUGUUUGGUACUUACUUCAGAGUCGGAUUUUACGGCUCUAAAUUCGGAGACUUGGAUGAGCAGGAGUUUGUGUACAAAGAGCCUGCCAUCACCAAGCUAGCAGAGAUCUCACACCGACUCGAGGUAAAUGGCAGUUUGGAGGAGUGUGUCUCAAACUAUAUUUUGGUAUUUUUUCAUUAGUCCACUGUUGAUAACAGUCCCAAAAUGUUUAGCAUGUCAGCAGUCAAGUUUUCAAGAUAUAUGACCUUCAAGAAGCAAAGUGUCACUUGCUACAUUACAUUCUGGGACCGUAUCGACAGUGGACUAAUGAAAGAAAUACCAAAAUAUUGUUUUUGAGUGGAUUUUUCCUUUUAAGGAAUGGUCUCUUCUCUAUUUGUGAAAUGGUCUCUGUCUACUGUGUGAGAGAGCUGGAGCACUGAGUGUGUCCUGUGUGUUUGAUCUCUUAGGGGUUUUAUGGUGAGCGCUAUGGAGAAGACCAGGUGGAAGUCAUUAAGGACUCCAAUCCAGUGGACAAGUGCAAACUGGACCCAAAUAAGGUGUGUGUGUGUGUGUGGGGUGGGGGAGAGGGUUUGUGGAUAAAGACGGGAUUCCAAAAUAAUCACUUAAUCAAAGCAUGGUCAAGUAAAUUGCCUUUUUGAUUAUUUGAAGGCUAUUGGUUAUUAAUUGGUUAUUUGUGUAUUUUGGUUUAAUGUUGGUAAAACAUCAUGUUAACCAGGUGUCACUGUGUAUCUUUACUGUGUCCCAGGCUUAUGUCCAGAUCACGUACGUGGAGCCGUACUUUGACACCUAUGAAAUGAAGGACCGCAUCACGUACUUCGACAAGAACUACAACCUGCGGCGGUUUGUCUACUGCACGCCGUUCACGCUGGACGGGCGGGCGCACGGGGAUCUGCACGAUCAGUUCAAGCGCAAAACCAUCCUGACCACCUCCCACGCCUUCCCCUACAUCAAGACACGUAUCAACAUCAUCCACAAAGAAGAGGUGAUACACUUCAUCUGACACCAUGCACCACAUGCUACUGUUACAUGAAAUCCUCUGUAGCUCAGCUGGUAGAGCACGGCGCUUGAAACGCCAAGGUAGUGGGUUCGAUCCCCGGGACCAACCAUACACAAAAAUGGAUGCACGCAUGACUGUAAGUCGCUUUGGAUAAAAGCGUCUGCUAAAUGGCAUAUUAUUAUUAUUAUUAUUAUUAUUAUUAUUAUUAAAUCCACAUCAUUACAGGAAUAUACUUACUGACACGCAUUCGUAUGAAAAACAGGCAUAUACCUCUGUCUAUUUAUUUUAAAUAUUGAAUCAGUGCUUUCUCCAUCUUAUCAUCUGAUCGUCUUUUCCUGUCUCUCUGGUCCUGUUAGAUCAUUUCCAUUCCCGUGGAGGUGGCCAUAGAGGACAUGCAGAAGAAGACCCAGGAGCUGGCCUUCGCCACCCACCAGGACCCCUCUGAUGCCAAGAUGCUGCAGAUGGUCCUGCAGGGGUCUGUAGGGACCACUGUCAACCAGGGACCUCUGGAAGUGGCCCAGGUGUUCCUGUCAGAGAUCCCCGGUGAUCCUAAACUCUACAGACACCACAACAAACUACGCCUCUGCUUCAAAGACUUCACUAAGAGGUCAAUUACAAAAGUACCAAUUUCCCCUCUAGAGGUCAAUAAAGUUUAUUCAAUUCAAAGUACUGUUGUUUGUAAAUCAAGUUUAUAGACUCCAAUUCCCCGUGCUGUAUGCAAAACAAUAUUGAAGUCUAGUGCUCUACUCACACCUGUCCUAUUCUCCUCCAUCCAGGUGUGAAGACGCCCUCCGUAAGAACAAGCGUCUGAUUGGUCCAGACCAGAAGGAGUACCAGAGGGAGUUGGAGAGGAACUACCAUCGCCUGAAGGAGGCGCUACAGCCACUCAUCUGCAGAAAGAUACCCCAGCUUUAUAAACCUGUGCUGCAGGUCAACUCUCACAGGUGUGUGUGUUGACAAGCAGGAACAUACUGGGGCCAGACUUGCGAACAUUAGAAACAGUUUAACUUUAAAAUAGGGGUGUGCUGAUCUCGUCAUACUCGUAAUCGUAUCCGUUUAAUCACACUUGAUACGUGUAAUUGGAUUUAAUCGUGAUUGGAAAACCCGGACGUGCUCUUUAAAUGCUGGUGAAGCCUAAACCUCAAGUGCACAUUACUGCGCUAUCACAUCAUUAUGUUCCUUCACUCAUUCCCCCACAUUGUUAAACGACCCCGACAGAUGAAAAUGCACAUGAUUUACUUACUUAGUCCUAUUCAAUGAUCAACGAGAUAGGCUAAUAAAUAGCCUAAUGUAUGGCUGGUAUGGCUGGCUACUACUGCCUGCAUUUAUUCCAGACAGAUUUAG